UUAGUAGCAGCUGAUUGGCUGUUACCAAAGUUAAGUGGACUGUUAAGGGAGUCAACUGUAAAAAUCAGCUAAGGCAGUCAACUGUGAAAACUCAGCUCUUGAUAGUUGGAUCUUUAAUCUAUACAGAAGAAACAAGGCUAAAAUGUAAACAACAAAACAAAAGACAACAAGGGAGACAUACAAGUAAAGAUGGAAUCACCAUUUAUAUAUGUUAUGAUUUUACUUUUGAAUGUGUUUGAAUUUUCAUCAGGAAUUGUAUAUAAUAAACGUGAGAAGGAGAACCACUUUGUUUGUUCAAGUGAAGAGGUCCCCACAGACAAUCAAAUCAAGUUGUUUCUGUCCAUGGACAGUUUGAAAAUCUACUGUCGCUUCCGAAGUGAAAGUGAAGAUACUUCAAGGGCUUUUUUGGGUGUAUUUACAUCAGGAGGCCUUGCUCCCACACUGAUAAUCUCUAACAGUACAUACCAUGAAGAAUUCCACUUUAACUUAUCUCUGUUCAACAAUCGGGCUCUCUGGUUCAUUGAUAUUCCUAGAGAAAGCAUCACAGUAAACACAGACAUCGCAGCUAUAGAAGAAUGGAUAAUAAAGGUCACCAUGCAUGAAGGAUUAAACAUUUAUAAUACUGAAGGGACCCUACUGGAUCUUGUCCGAGAGCCUAUUCUACAGUGGACUCUUGGAUCUAAAAUGAGUAACUCACAGGUCAAAAAAUUGUUUCCGCACGUGAUAGACAUCAAAGUGGCAAAGUGCCCCUGUGCCAAUGAUGUGGCAUUAUUUGGCUUUAUUUUGAACUCAACAUAUAAUGGUGUUUACAUAGGCAAAACCAUUUCUGGAUUUAGGAAAUAUAAUGAAACCAUAUGGUAUGACCUGACAGAUAUCAUCUAUUCACAACUUAAAGAUGAACACCAAGGGCUUACAAUAAUAGAUAUGGUUUUAACAAAUCAUUUUUUAGUCAUCCUCACCUCUUUGGGUCUUUAUGUAAGUAGUGAUCUUCGUUAUCCAGAAACUUCACACAUACAGCUUUCAAGAGCAGACUUUUGUGGUUUUGAAAGGGUUGACUAUAUCAAGGGAAAACUGUGGUAUAAUGAAAAAUGUUUUGCAAACAGAGAAAGUUUUGAAGUUGAUUAUGUUACUAUCACUUUCGACAGAAACAGGACCCUAAGUGAGUCCAGUUCUUGUUUUUAUAGUAAAGAACCAUUUCUUCACUGGUUGCCUUGCUUACCUUCUACUUCAAAAAGUACAAGAUUACUUCCAUAUGUAAUAACAUUUCUUAUUGACCAAGAAACUAGAACUGGAAUUUAUUUCUUCCAUAAUCAGAAUUCCAAAAGAAUCUCUGUCUCUGUGUCAGUGCUCAAGAAUGAGAUACCAAAUUCUCAACCAAAAUUUCCAAAUUUCCAAUUUCCCUCCUCAUUCUAUCAUCCAGUUGGAAUGGUGUUCCAUCCCCGAAGCCACUUUCUGUAUGUUUAUGGCAAUCAGGUAUGGCUUUCAAUGGAUGGUGGCAAUACUUUUGAAUUAGUGUGUGACUUUCUAAGUAACUAUGUAAGGAAGACUGCUCAUAGUUUUUAUACUUCAGAAAUAUCUUUGAUUACAAAAAAUGGAAAGAUUUACAUGACAAAGGCAGGAUUGACAAGAUACACUAAGAGUGGAAGACUUGGGGAUAAUAUUUUCACAUUAUACUAUGAUCAUUUGGGAUUCAUACACAAACUGACUCCAGAACGCUUUGACACUGAUUCAUCAUCUUCAGGCUCUGGAAUGUCUUCUACUAUUUUUGGAACGCCACCUGAUUUGGGAUUUGAUACUGCACUAGCUCCACAGUAUCUCUCCCCCAAUGAAAUGAUUUUCUUUGCAUACGUACCUCUGAAUGAACCUAAAAACAUGAUAUACAAAAGGAAGUUCAAAAAUAUUCACAUUGGGAAAGUGAUAAACUACAGUAAAAAUGGAAAUGCUUAUAUCAGAAAAUUGCUAGUACAUGCCAAUGGUCCUUUGGGAUUUCAUACCUCAGUUCUCACAGAAAUAAUAGAACCAUUUGGAGUAGAAGAAUCUGUGAAGAGUUCUUCUGUAACUGGUUCUCUUAAAAUCUCAUAUACUGGAAAUGUUUUCUACCACAUUGAAAUUACAACAGCAGGUUCCCUAGCAAAUUUUUCAGAUGCAGAUGUAGAAAAGACUGUGGUGAGACCGGGCUACAGUAGCUUCCUGAUCACAGAAGUUAGAGAUCUAAAGAAUGUUUUAUCCCUGGCUACUAUGCCUCAUAAAAUAAAAUCACCUUUGAACUUCCCAGAAAAUUCUUGGUUCUUAUACAGCUUUGGCUCAACAAAAGGACGGAAUUGGACCAUAAGUUUAAAACCAUGUAAUUAUUGGGUUCAACAAGAUGAUCAUGAUAUUGUAUCCCUCAAUGUUGUGAAGUAUCUUGAUGUGGGAAACAAAGCAAAUUAUGGACUUAAGUUGAUCCCUAAUACAAGAGGUAUGAAACUACUUCAAGUCCCACCAGUCAUUGUGAUUGUUGGAAACCCAGCCUUACUGGAAGUUAAGACGGAAGGCUAUUAUGAUGUCACUGAUAGUUACAAUUUGAAUACUCAUGUAGCUAGCAAAUUUUUCCAUAAAGGUUCUACUUCACUAUCAAUGAUUAUAUGGGAAGCCUCAACUUCAUGCUCUAUAACUACAGUGUUGCCCAUCAUGAAGAGCAGUUGCAGCUACCUCAAGACUCUACAACACAUUCCUGGCAGACAAAUACCACGUGAAGACUGGAUUAGUGGAGUUCACAAGGACAGUCAGGGUUUCAAUAUGAUCAAAACUCUGCCGAUAAACUACAGACCUCCAUCCAAUAUGGGAAUUUCUAUUCCUCUCACAGAUAAUAUUUAUCAUGCAGACCCUAGCAAACCCAGACCAAGAAGUCUAUUUCACAAGUCAAAGGUAACAGGCCAACUCAAGCAGUGUAAUAAUGUUCCCAGUAGGGAAAUGUGCAACUGCACAGAACAUCAAAAGUUUUCACAUGCUGUUGCUUUCUCAGACUGCAAAGAAAAGCAAGACUCCUGGAGCUCAGCCCAGUGCUUGGCUGUGGAUCCCUGCAUCUGCUUCAUUCAGGUUCAUCGUUUCAAGUUUCCAGUCAUACAAUACCCAGUUGCUUUGGAAAUUUUCACUGAAAAAGAAAAAUUUGCGGUGGAACCUCCAUAUUUGGUUACCAUGACCGAAGUGAAUAUGAGGCAAAACUGGCAACUAAAACAUAAUAUGCCAGAAAACGUUAAGAAAAUGAAGGAUUACUUAGAGCCACUGCUUAACACUUCAGUGUAUAAUCCUUUAGGUCUCAACAUAAGUAUAAGGGGCUCUGAGCUGUUUCAUUUCAAGGUGUCUGUGGUUCCUGGGGUCAGCUUUUGUAACUUAGAAGAAGAAUUUCAGAUUUAUGUCGAUGAAGUACCAUUGCCUUUUCCAGGACAUAUGCUAAUUGCUGUUGCAACAUCUGUAGUUCUAGGGGGAUUAAUUUUUGUAGCAUUUAUAUUGCAACUCCGUAACAUCCACCCAUUGAGAGCAUUCCAGAGAUACCUUAAAAGAGAUACUGCAAACCCAUCAACUAUAAGUAUCAGCUCAGAAGGGAAAGUCUGGAUAGUGAACAAAUGAUAAUUAUAUCUAUUUCCUAGUUCUAUUAAACAUGUCCAUACAAUAUAUUUAUAUUUUAUAAAUGCACAUUAGGCACAAUGCUAUUGAGUUAUUAUACUAUUAUAAUUCUAGUUGCUGUUAGUCAGUAGUUCCAAUUUCCAUUUUCUUAUUUUUAAUACAUAGAAAAUUACUUUAGCACUUACAUGGUUUUCUUUUUUUUAGAUUGUUUUGGAAAAUAUAAAAUGAUAACCAAU